AUGUGGUCUGAUGGACGGCCAUCCUACCUGAUUACAGGCGCUUCCCGUGGCAUUGGUCUUGCCACGGCCCGUACACUGGCCUCCAAACCCGCCAGCGAUGUGUCCGUCAUCUUUGCAGCGGCCCGUACCCAGACCGAUGAUCUAAAACGUCUCGUGGCGCAGUCCCCCGGGCGAGUUCAUCAUAUAUCCAUGGAUGUUGAAAGUAAAAAUAGUAUACAAACGGCAGUUGGGACCGUUGAAAGUGUGCUAUUGGGGAAAGGUCUUGAUGUUUUGAUCAACAAUGCGGGUAUCAUGCCCUCAACCCGGGGCGGCAUUGAAAAUAUGGACAACUUGGACUCCGUCUUCCACACCAAUGUCACCAGUGCCCAUAUGGUGACAAGUGCCUUCUUACCACUCCUUAAGAAAGGAAACCAGAAGAAAGUGGUAAACAUCUCGACAACACUUGGCUCAAUCACAAUGUCACCCAGGUUCGCACUGUUUCCGGUGCCAGCUUACAAAGUUAGCAAAGCAGCGCUGAAUAUGCUUACCGUGCAAUACGCGCAGUCUUUCGCGGAUCAGGGAUUCACGUUCCUUGCAAUCUCGCCGGGUUGGGUGAAGACAGACCUUGGGGGAGAGAGGGCGGAUGUAACAGUUGAACAGAGUGUACAAGGUCUGUUGGAUAUCAUAGUUCCUGCAACUCAAGAAGAUAACGGGAAGUUCUUCAAUAUUCGAGUUCCCGGAUGGGAGCAGGCAGAAGGGUUGAACCAAUAUGAUGGAGCGGUGGUGCCGUGGUAGGCCAUAUUGGAGUUUCCCGCCUACUUUUGAUCUGUCCUUCUCGAUCCCAUAUAUACUUUGUGACGUCGACCCUUCUGCAGAAGUGCAGGCACGAUAAUAUCAUCC